AGGCGGGAGCGUGCCAAGUCCUGAGAUGCCGAAACGCGCCCUGAGCGUCUGGGGUCGUGCCCGAGGGCCGGGAGGGGCGCGGGGCGGAUAAAAGGGCCGCGCGGCGCCGGGGCCGCCUUCUCCGCGCGGUGCCUGCAGAGCUUCGCUCCUCGCCGGCGGGCAGGCGGCCCGGCAGCACCUGAGCGGCGACCCGGGCGCGGGGCCGACCGAGUCGGGGCGCCCGGCCCCUGUCGGGGUCCAUCGACGGCAGGAGCGCGGGCCGGGCCAUGGCGGGGCUGGAAAGCGCGCCGGCGGCUAGGCCGAGCCUGACCUCCAUCUCGUCGGGGGAGCUGCGCAGCCUGUGGACGUGCGACUGCGAGCUGGCCCUGCUGCCCCUGGCCCAGCUGCUGCGCCUGCAGCCCGGCGCCUUCCAGCUGCGCGGCGACCAGCUGGUGGUCCCGGGCCCCGCGGAGCCCGCGGCCACGCGCGGGGGCUUCAACGUCUUCAGCGACGGCCUCGUGCGCCUCGACGGACAGCUCUACCGCCUCAGCAGCUACAUCAGGAGAUAUGUGGAACUGACCAACUACUGCGAUUAUAAAGACUACCGGGAAACUAUAUUGAGCAAACCAAUGCUAUUCUUUAUUAAUGUACAGACCAAAAAGGACUCCUCGAAAGAAAGAACGUAUGUGUUUCUUGUGAACACCAGGCACCCCAAGAUAAGAAGACAGAUAGAGCAGGGGAUGGACAUGGUCAUUUCCUCGGUGAUCGGAGAAAGCUACUGGCUUCAGUUUGAUUUUCAAGAGGCAGUAAAGAAUUUUCUCCCUCCAGGAAACAAGGUGGUUAAUGGAGAAAAUUUGAGCUUUGCGUAUGAAUUCAAAGCUGACGCAUUAUUUGAUUUCUUCUAUUGGUUUGGGCUCAGCAAUUCCACUGUAAAAGUGAAUGGAAAAGUCCUGAAUUUGUCAAGUACAAGUCCAGAAAAGAAGGAGACCAUUAAAUUAUUUCUGGAAAAAAUGAGUGAACCUUUAAUCCGAAGGAGCAGUUUCUCUGACCGAAAAUUCAGUGUAACUUCCGGAGGUUCGCUAGAUGAAGUUUUUAACUGCAGUCUGUCACCCAGAUCAUCUCUGAUGGAGCCUCUUUUGGCAGAAUUACCAUUUCCAUGUGUUCUGGAAUCUGAAGAGACACCCAACCCAUUUAUCUGAUUGGAUUGGACAUUUUGCAGCUCCUCCUACACCCCAGGCCUGUGCCAGAACCCAAGGCUGAGGGGAUCCAAGAGAGAUGGGAGGCGGGUACCUCUGCCCUCUGCUCCUAGAGAGACCCCUCCUUUCCAUUUUUUUUUCUUUUUUUUUUGCUGUACGCGGGCCUCUCACUGCUGUGGCUUCUCCCGUUGCGGAGCACAGGCUCCAGACGCGCAGGCUCAGCGGCCAUGGCUCACAGGCCCAGCCGCUCCGCGGCAUGUGGGAUCUUCCCGGACUGGGGCACGAACCCGCGUCCCCUGCAUCGGCAGGCGGACUCUCAACCACUGCGCCACCAGGGAAGCCGCUCUCCUUUCCAUUUGUGUGGGUGAUGCUUUGGCAGGGCUGAUGCAGCUGUCUUCAGGAUGGGAGGCUUUUGGCCCCAUGGCCUGGGCGGUUACCUCUCCUUUUAACACUUCUCCGAAGAGGCAGAGGGAGUGGCAGAGUCCUGCCACCCCAAAUAUUUCGCUUACACCCUGGCGUCCUGGGAGCUCCCUGGGCAGCCUUUGUGGGAGCCACCUGACCUGGGUUUUGCCCUGUGACGCUUCAUAAAUCUGGGUUUAGCCCUCUGCUUGUCUGAACCCAAACCCAGCAAGCGUGGGGUCAGCAGUGCCAUUCUCUUGCAAACCUUGCUGAGCAAAAAGCCCAGGACAUCCUUCAUCAGAAGGCAAGUAUGUUUUUCAUCCUGCCCAUAGGAUGAAACCUUAGGAGAAACAUUCACGGUGAGGCUCGCGGGAGGAUUGGCCAGGUUGAUAAGGCGGUAACCCUGCCACCCGCUGCCUGAAAUUUGAACUCCCUUGACCUCCCUCUUAACAAAGUGGCCCGUGUAGAAAGAGGCCAGGUGAUGUGAUACCAAACAUGACAGGAGAAGGAUAAUGUAUGCGGCAUUGUCCUCUCUGUUAAAAGCACAUUAUGUCAGUUGGGUAUUUCAUAAGCUUUUAGCAAUCCUAACACUAAAAGCAGAAUAGAAGAUAGCUAUACCAUUACCAUAAUACAUUGUUACAGCAAUACAUUUUUCAUCUCAUAGCUACAGUGGAGUUCUUCCAAAAGACACAAAACAUCAUCCUAUUUACAUCCUAAAAACCUGCAUGAAUGAGUUGCUACACAGGCUUAUAAUGAGAAAGAUUUCUGGGUCCCGAGUAUAAUUUUUCUGUCCUUUUAAAAAAUAUUCCUGUAUUAUACAUUAUGAUAGCACUGAUUGUCCUUUCAUUUAUAUUUGAAAUGGUAUGUACUAUAUUUGUGCAAUUAAAUUUUUCCUUAACAUUCA